AUGCAAUUCAGUUCAGAAAACCCUUAUGUUUCAGAUAUAGUUCUAGAAAGUACUGAUAAAAGCUCUACAGAAAUACAAGAAAUACUACAACCAGUAAUAGAGACAACUAUGGCAGAGACAAUCCAGACAGGAGAAUUCAAUCCUACAGAAGCAAUGGCAGAAACAAAUGAGAUGGAAACAACUGAAAACAAACCAGAAGCCAUAAAUAUAUCUACAAAUGAUGAUUUAGCAACAGAUAUAGAAACAGAUUUUAUAUCCCACAAGGAAAUAAACAACAAUGCCGAAAAAAAUUUACUCUA